AUGUCUUGCUUCAGCCGCCCUAAAUACAAGACCGGGGACCUGGUGUUUGCCAAGUUAAAGGGCUAUGCCCACUGGCCAGCGAGGAUCGAACAUGUUGCUGAACCCAACCGCUAUCAGGUGUUCUUCUUCGGGACCCAUGAGACCGCCCUGCUGGGCCCCAAGCACCUGUUCCCUUACGAGGAGUCCAAGGAGAGGUUCGGCAAGCCCAACAAGAGGCGCGGCUUCAGCGAGGGGCUGUGGGAGAUCGAGCACGACCCUAUGGUGGAGGCCUCCCCUUGCCUGUGCCCAGAAGAGGAUCAGCGCUGCGCCGAGGAGGAGCCCGGGCCGGCAGAAGAGCCAGAGCCAGGGCAGGAGCUGGAGCCUGAAUCCCGGCCUGAGCUGGAGGCAGAGCCGAGGCCUGAGACCGAGACCGAGUGUGAGCAGGAUCCCGAGUGUGAGCAGGAUCCCGAGUGUGAGCAGGAUCCCGAGGGUGAGCAGGAGCCUGAGUGUGAGCAGGAGCCCGAGGGUGAGCAGGAGCCCGAGGGUGAGCAGGAGCCCGAGGGUGAGCAGGAGCCUGAGUGUGAGCAGGAGCCCGGGUGUGAGCAGGAGCCCGAGUCCCAGCCUGCCUAUGACCUGCUGGACGCCAUGGAGGAGCCGGGCCUCACCGAGACCGAGCCAGGAGAUCAGCAAGCCGAGCAGGUGCAAGAGCAGCACCCUGAAGCUGAGGCCGAGGCCAAAGCGGAGGCAGAGGCGGAGGCAGAGGCAGAGGCAGAGGAGCCGGGGAGUCUGAAGAGGAGCGCGGAGGAUGAACAGCCUCGUAGUCCUCCCAAACGGCCCAGGGAGGAGGCGCCUGGCGCGCUGGAGAUGGAGCCGGCUGGAGAGCGCGAGGCUGAGGCCUGCCCCUUCGUGGAGGAGCCUGACCAAGCCCAGGAGCAGCAGCCUCCGCUGGAGGAAGAGGCCACAGAAGAGGCAGUCCAGGGCCUGAUUGUUAGAGAAAUCGAAGGCGUGUAG